GAGCUCCUUUAUGUUGGAGGUUUUCUUGCGAGAAUGGCAUAUGAUUUCGAGAUGAAGAAAGUAAGCGAUGCAUGGUCGAAGUUGGGCAAGACAGAUGCGGAAGUGCUGGCAUUGUACACGAUGAAGUCCUUCAUGUUUCAUCCGACCACACCCGAUUCGAAGGUGUCCCAUAUUAUCAAGGAUGCGUUCUUUGCUUGUUCGAGAACAGACGAAUUUCUGUUUAUCUCGGAUCAAGGCAUUCGGCCCACGAAGGACAUUCGUCUCGUCCAUAAGGACUUUGCUCCCUUCAUGUGCACCCCCGUGCUCCCGACGAAUUGGCGUUCUUUAUUAACAUCCAUGAUGCUUCCUGACCAUCUCCGGGUCGGGUCGUACACAUUCAAAGAUGUCGUGGAAGAAUUGAAUUCUCGGCGGUUGUCUGAGUCGGAGAUGGCUGCUUGCUUGCGUUGGUGGAGCAAC